AUGGACGCAAUAUCGCGACGCGAGGAGGAUAUCCUGCUCAAGACGGCGAAGGAUAAGGCAAUGAAGGAAUGCGACCCCAUUGUGAAAGAGUUUGCGGAAUGUGCUGCAGGACGCACACUUUCUGUCGCUUGGAAUUGCAAAGGCAAAUACAGAGCUUUGCAGGAUUGUAUGGUCCAAUAG